CAACUCACCCCUUCCCGGCUGCUGGAGCACGUCGAGCAGCAACAGCUGUGCUGAUCAGCAUCACACACAUCUGUGGAUCUAUCAUGCUGAUGGCGUUCUUCAGCAGCGCCGAGCGCCUCGCGGGCGUGACGGCGCUGACCCUCGCCGUCUUCGUGUCCAUCGUCUCAAACUGCCUCACACAGUGACUUAACCUAAGCGCACGCACACACAUGAAAGAGAUCCACACACACAAACACACAGACAAGGAAAGAUCUCCCUCUGCCUGUGGAUAUGUGUGUGUGGGUGUGUGUGAAGGCUGCUGGUGUCGUCCUACUCAUGCGACUCGAUGCUGCUGAUGAGCUUCUUCCAGACCUGCCAGCUCAUGCUGCUCGCGCCUAAGUACUUCGCCCAGCUGGCCGCCACGCUCCCACUCUGGAAAGGUGAGACCACACACACACACGCACACACACACACACACACAGGGAGUGCAACACCAUGGUGGCCACCUAAAUCGUUUGUGCAGGUCGGUGUCGUGGUGCGAGGUCGUGGACCGAGAUGGCUGACGUCAGGAGGGUGGUGCAGGAGAGGCUGGAUGUCGAGAGCGAUGAGCGGGGAGGGGAGGCGCUAAGCGGCGAGUAAGUAGGCGGCUGCAGGCCUGACCCUCAGCUGCUGAUGCGCUCAACCAUCCUUCCAUCCAUCCAUGUGUGUGUGUCUUUGUGGUGUGCAGGUGUGUGCGUGAGUGGCGGGAGCACCUCAGGAUGGCGCUGCCCAUGGGGCUGCUCUACUUCUGUGAGCAACUUAAGGAAGGCACUGACACGAGCUGGUUGGCCGCCACAUCUGGUGGAGUGGAUGCGUGUGUGUGUGCAGUGUCCUGCUACUUUGCGUUCGUGUCGCUCUCCUUGACGAGCAUCUCCUCUUUCAACAUCAUCUGGUCGACGGUCGUCUUUUUCAGCUACAUGUACCCCAACACACACACAUACACACCUCACCAACACAGACAGAGAAAGACCAGCUCAUGUGUGUGUGUGUGUGCCUCCUUUGUGUGCAGCGGGACCAUCUUAGUGUUUCGCGACCCUUUCAGCCCGCCGACUUUCAUUUUCCUCCUUGUGUCAUUCUCCGGUCGACACACCCACACACACACACACACAGUGGAGGAUUUCCCUCUCAAUGGGCCCUCUGUGUGUUGUGUGUGUGUGAAUGUUGUGUUUUGUGUGCAGGCAUCUGUGUGACCAUCCUGACGCACCCUGCGUCCCCGGCCCACCACGGGCAGCCUGAGCACAGGAUGCACCACCACUUGCUCGGGGGCCUUGCCGCCCUCAUGACCACCAUCUGCAGGCAGGCACACACACACACACACAGAGAGAGAGAGAGACCUCAGCACACACCCCGUCCCCCCCCCCCGCUCUCUGUGUCUGUGUGUGUGCUCUCGUGCAGUGCCGCCUACGCCAUCUACCUCCGCUACUUCAAAAUCACCUCGUCGGAGAUCUUUGUCAUAGCGGGGUGGAUUGGCCUGCUCACCACAGUGGCGUGCCCACUGGUGCUGCUGCUCGCCUCUGUGGCGCGGCUGGAGCCGUUUGCGGCGCCGCCGCCGUAUGUGUUGCUGCUGCUGCUCGUCAAUGGGGCGUGUGCGUGGCUGCCAGACUUUAUGUUGAUGUGAGCACGCGAGGGGAGGGAGGGGGGUGUGAUUCGUGUGUAUGUGUAUUGUGUGUGUGGGUCAGGUACUCGAUGACGAAGCUGCCGAUGCUUGUGGCGCAGCUGGUGGUCACCUUAGUGGUGCCGCUGGUAGGAACACACGUGGCGCAGACACACACAUCCAUCCAUCGAUCGACCUCCCUCCCUCUCCGUGUGUGUGUGUGUGCUGUCCGCCCACACAGGCCAUCCUCACCGACACCCUGGUGCUAAGGCGACACAAGUAAAUAAGCUAAGCACACCACCACGGCCAAAUGUGUGCUGUGCUGACGUCUGUGCUGACACGUCUGUGUGUUAAUUAAUGUCUGUCUGUCAGCUUCUCUGUGUGGUACCUCAUCGGGGCGGCCAUCGCCUUCGCCGGCGUCCUCGGCGCCACCAACGACAUCGCCAAGAUCGAGAAGAAGAUAGGCCAAGAGAGAGACAGGGCCCACAACCAGCAGCACCAGCAGCGGGGAGGCCUAGGCGACGAGGCCGAUCUAGAGUUCGACUACCACGAGCUUGAGGGCGAUGAUGAUGACAAGCCGACAAACCGCCCAGCGCCAGCGAGGCCGGAGCGGUCGCUGUCGGCGGCGAGUACGCGGCUGCCGUCAUUCUACUCGGUGCCGUCGACACCUAGCAUGAGCCCCACUGCCAGGGAGAGCGAGCCGGCCAUCGCCACUUUGACGGUUGUGGCGGGGUAGGGUAGCGGGCGACAGCGUGAAAGGGAGCAGCCCCCUGUCUGUCUGUCUGUUUCUUUCCAUUCUUCUGCCUCUGUGCGUGUGUGUGGGAGGGGAGCAGCCGAUAGCUAUCGGCUACGACCCUCUCACACAUAGCUAUCGGCUGCUCCCCUCCCACACACGCAUAAGGGCAGAAGAAUGGAUGACAGACACGUGGGGGUGUGGGGGCUAGUUGGUGGAGGGGAGGGAGGGGUGUCCAGUCAGUCCAUUCGAUGAUGGAGCUCUUUUUGUCUCCUCUCUCCAGCCUUUGGGGAUCUGCUUAUCGAUGGUUUUGGGUGGCUUGGCAUCUCGGGCUUGUCUUGUCUCUCUGUCCGGUGGGGCUCUCGGUCCGGUCGACGGGAUGGAUGCGCUGCCCCUUUUAUCGGUGUGUCUGACAGGUGUGUGCACGUGUGUGUCUGUGUGGGUGUGUGUGGGUGUCGUCACGCGCUGUGCUGUGCGCUCUCUUUUGGGUGCCACGCAAUGCAGCGAUUGCGUCAGCAAGUGCACGCCUCUGGAGGGGGGGAGACCUGAUGGAUGGAUGGAGGCGGAGGACCAAUACUGUAGCUUUAUUCAUCCGUGUGUGAGUGUGAGUGUGUGUGUGGUGGCUAGUGUGCGGGUGGC